CGGGGUCAAAGUGUUCCCGAGAGAUGCAGGUAGUGGCAGCUCAGCUUCUUCUUUUCCCAGACCAGACCAGGCCGAGAGACCAAAAAGGAGGGGACGAGCAUUUUUUUUAUCGAGUGUCAAGCCAAUCUGACCGGUUCUGCUGUCAAUCGUUCCUGACACCCAAAAAGAUUCCCAUCCAAGAUGGCAUCGACAGUAGGAAAGACCAUCACCUGCAAGGCGGCUAUCGCCUGGGGCCCCGGCCAGGAGCUCAGCUAUGAGGACGUCGAGGUAGCGCCGCCCAAGGCCCACGAGGUGCGCAUCAAGAUCGAGUACACCGGCGUGUGCCACACAGAUGCCUACACGCUCUCCGGCAAGGACCCCGAGGGCGCCUUUCCCGUGAUCCUGGGACAUGAGGGCGCGGGCAUUGUCGAGUCGGUUGGCGAGGGCGUGACCAAUGUCAAGCCGGGCGACCACGUCAUUGCGCUCUACACACCCGAGUGCCGAGAGUGCAAGUUCUGCAAGUCCAACAAGACCAACCUCUGCGGCAAGAUCCGGGCGACGCAGGGCAAGGGCGUCAUGCCCGACGGGACGAGCCGGUUCCGGGCCCGGGGCCAGGACAUCCUGCACUUCAUGGGCACGUCCACCUUCAGCCAGUACACGGUGGUGGCCGACAUCUCGGUCGUGGCGGUGCAGCAGGACGCGCCCAUGGACCGCACCUGCCUGCUCGGGUGCGGUAUCACGACUGGCUACGGCGCCGCGCGCAUCACAGCGGGCGUCGAGAAGGGCAGCAACGUGGCCGUGUUCGGCGCCGGGUGCGUCGGCCUCAGCGUCGUCCAGGGCUCCGUCGCGCAGGGGGCCGGCCGCAUCAUCGUCGUCGACGUGAACCCGGCCAAGGAGGAGUGGGCGCGCAAGUUCGGCGCCACCGACUUUGUCAACCCGACCAAGCUGCCCGAGGGCAAGAGCGUCGUCGAGCAGCUCAUCGAGAUGACGGACGGCGGGUGCGACUACACGUUCGACUGCACUGGUAAUGUCAGUGUCAUGCGGGCCGCGCUCGAGGCGUGCCACAAGGGCUGGGGCCAGAGCAUCAUCAUCGGCGUCGCCGCCGCGGGGCAGGAGAUUUCGACGAGGCCAUUCCAGCUCGUCACGGGCCGCGUAUGGAAGGGCAGCGCCUUUGGCGGCGUCAAGGGCCGCAGCCAGCUUCCCGGCCUGGUCCAGGACUACCUCGAGGGCCGCCUCAAGGUCGACGAGUUCAUUACGCACCGCAAGACGCUGGCCCAGAUCAACGAGGCUUUCGACGUCAUGAAGCAGGGCGACUGCAUCCGCGCUGUCCUGACCAUGCACGAGUAGGAGGGUCUCGGGGUCGUGUUGUGGGGAGGUGUAAGCGGCAUGUGUAGCUUUGUUAGCCAGAAAAU